GACAGUGAAUAGAGUCUUGAUAGAGAACGAUAAGAUGAAGAAAUUGCAAAGAAAGAGUGCCAGAAGAAAUAUGGGUCAUUUAAUUUCAGUAUACUGCAGGAUUCUAAGACAGAGCCCAUAGAACACAAAAAAGCAAUGAAGUCAGCUGACAAAGAGAAUGUAUCAGGGAAGCCACUGUCAAACAGCCAGCACCCAACUGGAAAGAUGUGUAUGCCAUGUCCUUUUGAUAAUUUCAGUGAUGGUACACUAUACACACGGUAUAAUAUUCUUAAUGUCCUUGAAACAAGGCCAUUCAAUCUCAUCGAUCCAGCACAUGAAUUCAAAUUACUUACCAACACAGAGAAGGCACUAGAAGAGGAUAUCAUGAUGAAAUUUAGCAAUGAAGUCUCUAGAUUUGCUGCAGCCUGUAUGAACUCCCGCACAAAUGGCACUAUUCAUUUUGGAGUAUGUGACAAUCUACGUGGGGAAAUUAAAGGAAUAAAAGUUUCCAAGAAAGAAGCAUACGUUGACCUUUUGAAUAAAUUAAUUGGAAAGUACUUUAAUGAGCAAUACACCAGCGUUGCAAAAGCUUGCAUUAAAGAACUUAGAUUUGUGGAAGUAUUAUUACAAAAUCGAACUCCACCACAUAUGUUUGUCAUUGAAAUAGAUGUGGUUCCCAAACACUGCAGCUGUGAUACAAAAUAUUUCUGUACCAACACAUACAAAUAUAAGAGUAAGAGUUGGAAAAAAGCUGUCUUCGUCCAGUAUGGAGCUAGUUCCAAAAGUAUUCAAAAUACAAAAGAAUUUGAAACUUUUAAAGGCAUCUUGACAUCUUUAGCAGAUUCUCAUAAAAGAGCAGAGGAAGAAUACAAGUUAAAGCAAAAGAAGUCAAUAAAUGAAGGACUAAAGCUAGUUAGUCUACUCACAGGUAACAGGGACUCACUAGAUAGCUCUUAUUAUGACUACUACAUUUUGGUAUCACCAGAUGCCACCCAAGUCAAACUUCACAUUUAGACUUUUUACAGGAAAUAAAAUGGUUUGCUGUGCUUGACUUUGAUUUUGAAUCAGAAAUGAAUGGUGUGUUCAAGACUUAAAGAAAAAAUUGAAAUGCCAAACUUUACUUCCCAGAUCAUCAUGAAACAAGGUGGGUUUAGUUUCUGAACAAGCUGAAAAGCUGAAACUACAUCAGGACACCAACUGGAUUUUCUGCAAUGGUGGAUUAGACU